AUGGAUCUGGCCAUCAACAUCACUUCACCAUGCCGUGUCCGUGUACUUCUGGUACCUGUGUCUCCCAUCAAGAAAUCCACAUUUUGGGAGAAAGUUGAGCUGGUGAAGAAAUUCGGUGUAGUUCGACUAGGCGAUGUGACCCCUGAUCUACACAAAGGCGCUGGUGCUAUGUUCAGCAGUCAAGUGUUCCAGGAAGGGCAGAUGCAUUUUCAAUUCGUGACAAACUAUAAACGAGACCAUGCUCAUCUCGAGGAUUUCCAACCUCACCGCAGAAUAUUUGGUGUUAUUGGUAUUAUGGAUUGUCAAGAAUGGAAGGAUAAGGAUUUGAGUGAAGGCUACCGAAGCUUUGUGGAGACUCUUGACAAGUCGCUGAACCUAAAGUAUCCUACCGCUGUUGCAACUCGUUGCUAUGCCUUUGAUCCGACUGAGACCCAACCAGAUGAUACGAAGGGUCUAAUAAUGAUCCCAAAUGUUGGCAAUAUGUCGUUUUAUAUUAGCACUAUGAUUUGUGAUUUUGCCAGCGAAAUACUUACCCAAUUUGCAACCAUUGCUGGUCGGAUCGAACGACUUCAGGUACUCGAGUCGCCCAUCCCCCUUACCUAUACCGCCCACCGGUUCGAGCCCGUACACCAAUCGCAAACUCACUCGCCACAACCUCAAUCAUCGUUGCAACAACGUGCUCCUUUACCUUCUAUUAGCUCACCAAAUCCUCAAGGCGAUCAAACCCGUCCAAACUAUCGAGCAUCACAACCUCUUCCAGCACCCGUACCUACUCAAUCAGUAUCCUCUUCAUUUCUCAAACGAGCUUCCACAGCCUCAGCUAAUCGACCUCCCCCCACAAAACUCGCGCCUAUGCCAGCUCCCUCUCCUAAUCCAUCAAUGAGCAGGUCCACCAGUGCUCAUGGUCCAAAUUCAAGUGACAUUGGAAAAACUAAACGACGAACUCCAGGCCGGAUAAAGAAACUUCUGGCUGAUUUUUAUUUGUUAGCUGGUCGUUUACCAGAUGCAGUCAGUCAUUAUCAACAAGCUAUUGAGAUGACUCGAUCCAUGACCGACUUUUUGUGGCUCGCGAGUGCUAUGGAAGGCUUAGCAUGCGCGACUCUCUUGCUUGAAUAUUUGCAUGCUGAUGUAGGUCAUAUUGUUUCCCGAGGUCCAAGUGCAGCCGAGCUUUUUCCAGCCGACGGGCAGCCGACUUCACCUACGACUGAGAAAAAUGUAUCGAUUCUCGAUGGACCAAAAUCAACCGUAUCAGAUAUUGUUGAACAAUAUACACAGGUUCUACACAACUACGCAAGGGUAAGCACUACCGCGAGCGUACCUAUUCCAGGUCUCAUCUACGCCGAAGCAUGUGCAAAAGUUGCACGAUUUUUGCUGACUGUCCAUGUACAUGGAGGCUGGCAUGAAAAGGUUUUGGGUCUCCUGGUCCAAGGGAAACUAUGGGAAGAUGGAACAGAGAUCCACCCUGGACAAUUUUCUUCUAUCAUAAAUCCAACCCAGUCUCAGCUCAGUACAAUUCCUCGAUUCGAGAUUGCUGAAUGGGCUAUGAGAAUCUGGGUUGUACACCUGGAAGACCUAUCUCUUUUGGAUCAGAUUCAUUUGAUGACUUCAAUGGCUACUGUAUUGUCUACUAUUGGAUAUCAUCGCAAGGCUUCAUGGGUACUCUACGAAAGCACCACUCGUAUGCUUCCUCUUCUGAUUCAGAGUAGAGCUUCUAUGACUGGCUCUCGCGAUCCAAACAAAAAGACAAUUGGCAAAAGUGACAGUGGAGUUCUUGAUGUUAUGAAACAAAUUUGCGAAGUAUAUGGUCUUGGAGAGCGCAAUGUUCACGAUGGAGGUGCACUGGAAGCAAUGCAUUCCCAAGAAGAGACCGAAAACAACACAAAUACUGUAUCUAACAAUAAAGGCGUCCGUGGUGCUGUAGCAAAAGAGCAUUUUAGGUUUGGCUGGCCAGCUUUGCAAAUUGACAUUCUGCGCCAGUGUAUUGCCAUUGCCGAAGCACUUCCUGAUUACGCCGCGAUGUUAUAUUACACUACAGUUCUUCUAAAAAAUAUGUACCGGCACAUAUCUAAAGAAGAGCAGAUUCGUUUGGCCACUUCUAUCCAACGUAUUGUUGCUAUGGGAAAACGUACAGGACAGGUUGAGAGCAGUGUCAAUUAUUGGGGUGUCAAUAUUGUUUCAUCUAUCGAGGCUUUGUUACCUAUACCUCGCAAGGCUGUUUAUCAGCAUCCUAUUCAAAGUAAUAUUGUGGCUUCUGCCGCUGAUACGAGUGCCACAGGUGAUCCAUUUAUUUACAAUCCUUUCGCUCAAAAGAAAGAUGAAAAGUUCCAAGUUACUUUGGUCCAGAGCGAGAUGUGCGAGUUCAAGGUUAUGUUGACAAAUCCGUUUGGAUUUGACUUGGACGUUCAAAAUGUAGUAUUGAGUACAUCGGGUGUACCAUUCAUCCCAACUCCUGCUUCAGUGAUCAUACCUGCCAAUGGAACGUUGACGCUUCGUUUAGCGGGCACGCCUGAAGAGUCGGGGGUAUUAACAAUCCGAGGCUGUUUGGUAAAGAUUGUUGGUUUUGCUGAGCAAGAGUUUUUGGUGGAUCUUGGCCAGAAGCCAAAGGCGAAGGACAGCAGAGAGCGAAAAAAAGAUGAUCAAUCAAAAGAAGAAUUUGUAAAGUUAAAGCAGAGAAAAUGUAUUUAUCGAUAUAUAUACACAGAAUCAUCGAAUGAAUUGAAGCCUGUUGAGUUUUAUGAAUUGGCUGUUAUCGACGAGCAACCUCUAUUGAAAAUAAAGUCAACGUCUCUUUUACAUAGCGCAGUGAUGCUGUAUGAAGGUGAAAUGACCCAUAUUUCCAUUGAGCUGGAGAACAUUGGAAAUAUUCCUGUCGACUUUAUUACUUUGUCUUUCACAGACUCGACUACUAUUAAUCCAUUAUUGGUGAACCCAGAACUUCCUAUGGAAGAACAAUAUGAAAUUGAACUGUUCACAAAAGGAACACAUGUGUUUUCCUGGGAAGGCUCGAUGAAUGAGGCUGCACAAAUCAUUGGCAAAAAGGUUGUGCUUCCACCAGGCUCUCAAACUACAAUUAUUGUGAACGUUUAUGGAAAACGUGGAUGUACCGGCGGAACCAUUCAGGUCGAGUAUGGUUAUCUUGAGCGUGCGAUUCAAAAACAACUAGCAAAUAAUCAGGAAGGCGCUACACACAGUCCUUCCAUAUUCUAUACCCGCCAACUCUACCUUCCUGUACUUGUCACAGUUUACCAAAACUUGGAGCCACUCAACUGGGAUGUCUUGUAUUUACGCCACAAUGCUCUUGUCUCCGAGGAAAUGAUGGACAAGGCUCUAGAGGACAUCAGGAGUCUCGACAUCAACAAGGGGAGUGAUAUUGAGCAGCCUGUAGAGGACCUCUUGCUUGUGACCCGACAGGCUGACAAUGACAAACAGGCUCAAAGUGAUUACUGCCUGGUAACAUUGGAUGUCAGGAAUACCUGGACAGUUCCAUUCAACAUCGAGUUCAUGAUUGAUAAUGGUACUGAUAGUGUCGAAAAGUCCUUACACUCUGUGGUUACCAUUCAGCCGGGAUGGACCAAACGUGUAGUCCUGCCUGUGAAGCGCUUGUUUUUGCAACCUCAGACAUGUACCCAGCCCAUUCCAUCGUUUGAGCCCAAUAAGCAAUUUGUUGUUUCUCAGGCUCCCAAGAUGCCUCCAGAACAAGAGAGGGCAAGACUCCAGAUGUUCUGGUAUCGCGAGUCACUCUUAAAGCGCAUCAAGGCUACUUGGCGCUGUACUUCUACUGAUCGCCGUGGUGUGCUUCAUUUGAGACCUUCACUGAGGUUGACGCCACUUCAGUUGACUAUUUUGAAAAAAGAAGAUAUGGAGUUUAUUGUUGAAAUGGAAGGCGCAAAUGUUAAAAAAGCAGGGCAUCGCCGCUUCUCGUGUAAUUGUAACGAUUUUGUGUCAAUGAAUGUUUCCAUUCGAAACCGGCAUAUGCACCCUGUAAAGUUGAUUUUACGCAUUCAGCCUGUACAGAGUUACAAUGAUGGUGCAAAAGAAUAUGAUUUGUCAGAUAAAUUACUAAUGCAAGGUCUUCAGCAAGUUGUCCUACCAGAGAUUCCUGGCAAUAAUAAUAUUGUUACUUACCGCUUACCGCUCUGCUUCUUAUCUCGCGGUCAAUUUGAAUUCCUUCAUCAUGCAGAAGAUGUACAUACCCGCGAAGUUUACUAUGACCAUGAAUGGGCUAUUGUAGAUGUCAAUGAUACGUAG